UUAGCAGAUCCAAAGUUUUUAAACAGAUUAGCCAUAGAAGAAUCAAUAUCAAUAACCACUACUCUCCUUGCACAAUACCAGAAACGAAAAGGAAAGUUCUUUGAAGAAAUCGACUAUGUGAUGACAGAUACAAUCAGAGGAAUAGUGGUUGAUUUCUUUACAGUAUGGCUUCCAGCUCCUACACUAUCAUUUCUUUCAUUUGCUGAUGAUGAUGAUGCUAGUGGGCCGGAUGCACUAUUGGGCCUACUUGGGUCCAUACCGGAUAAUGCAUUUCAAAAAACACUUGCUGGGAAAGACUGGAAUGUGGGGCAUAGAGUUGCUUCGGUGGUUGUUGGUGGUGUUAAGCUUGCUGGUGUUGGAUUUGUUUCAAGUAUUGGAGCUGUUGCUGCUUCAAAUGUGUUGUACACUGUACGCAAGUUUCUAAAUCCACAACUUUUGAAUGAUCAACAGACUAAAAGAUCUCCAAUUUUGAAAACAGCAGUUGUUUACAGUGGGUUCCUUGGGACUUCAGCUAAUCUCCGGUAUCAGAUUAUUGCUGGAUUGGUGGAGCAUCGAAUCUCGGAUAUGUUUGCUGACCAAACUUUAUUUGUAAAUUUGUUAUCUUUUGUGACACGGACGAUUAAUUCCUACUGGGGAACUCAGCAAUGGAUAGAUCUUGCGAGGUUUACAGGACUACAGGCUCAAAAGAAGAGUGAAACAUCGUUAUUAAGCCAAAGCCAAACAACGGAAUCUGCAAAUCCUGCGGAAUUGAACCAAACAGUAGAAUGUGUGAAUCCUGCAGCAUUAGGUUGCAACACUACAGAGGAAUCUGGUAUUGAUGAGACCAAAAGUCAGUGAGAUUGAUGAGGGCAUAUUCUGUAAGGAAUGGCUUUCUGUUUUCCUUUUAAUGAUUAUAAUGUUAAAAUAUGAAUUUGGGUAUAUUGGAUACAACACAAGGUGAAAGGUAGAUUAGAG